GCAAGUAGAGUUGAAGGAGUGCUAUUAUCCCUCUGAAUUGGGAUGGAAGCAGAAGAUGACAGAAGCUGGAAUAAAGUGGAGAGAUAUAUGGAUGCAGAGUUAGCAGUUGGACAGCAGCAGCAUCGCCUCUCACACGGGAGAUCAAAGAUUUGAUUCCCAUCCAGGCAGGACCGCCAUUGCUAAAUCCUUGGACAAGACUCCUAACUCGACGCCCAACUACCAGCUCAAACCAACUCUGGAUAGAAGGACAUGCUAGAUGCAUAAGUGUAGAUGUGAGAGACAGCUGACACAUCAUGACCUGGACAAGCUGGUGCUGCUGGACCAAAUGGAGGGAUUCGAGCGAAUCCGAGAGAAAGCUGGUGUCCAACUUGCCUUAUGAAGGCCUGAAGCCCAAAAACCAGCCCAAUCGGCGCUAUGCGGGGAACGCCAUCAAGACCACCAAAUACUCCUUCUGGUCCUUCAUCCCCAUGAACCUCUAUGAACAGUUCCACCGCUGGGCUAACCUGUACUUUGUGGGCAUCGCUGUCCUCAACUUUGUUCCAGCCGUCAAUGCAUUCCAGCCUCAAGUGGCCCUCAUCCCAAUAUGCAUCAUCCUGUCUCUUACUGCCAUCAAGGAUGCCUGGGAGGACUUCCGCCGCUACCAGAGUGACCGGCAGCUCAAUGGCAUGACCUGCCUCAUAUACAGCAGGAGCCAGCGAAGCUUUGUGGAGAGGAGAUGGAAGGAUGUGAGGGUGGGGGAUUUUGUGAGAGUGCUCUCCAAUGAGAUAAUUCCCGCAGACAUCCUGCUCCUACACACCUCCGACCCUAAUGGAGUGUGCCACAUGGAGACGGCCAAUCUGGACGGCGAGACUAACCUCAAGCAGAGGAAAGUGGUGCCCGGCUUCUCCAGCACAAAUUCUUCGUUCGAACCUCUGAACUUCAGCAGCAUCGUCGUUUGCGAGAAGCCCAACGACGACCUCAACCAUUUCAAUGGCUUUUUGGAAGAAGACAGGAGGAAGACAGGUUUUGGCAUUGAGAACCUCCUGCUGCGUGGAUGCACUGUCAGAAAUACAGCUGAUGCCUCAGGAAUAGUGGUGUAUGCAGGCCAUGAGACCAAGUCCAUGCUGAACAACAACAGGCUGCGAUACAAGCGCAGUAAGCUGGAGAAGAAGAUGAACACGGAGGUCCUCUUCUGCGUGCUGCUGCUCAUCUGCAUGUGUUUGAUUGUCGCUGUGGGUCAUGCCAUCUGGUUGCAGACUUUCUCAAGCGUCCCAAUCUACUUUGUCCCAAACAGUGAUGGGACGUUUACCUCUGCUGUUCUGUCAGGCGUCUUCAUGUUCCUGACUAUGAUCAUCCUGCUGCAGGUGAUGAUCCCCAUUUCGCUGUAUCUGUCCAUCGAGCUAGUGAAGAUGGGCCAGGUGUUCUUCAUCACUCAGGAUGCGGAUCUGUAUGAUGAAGAGAAGGACACUCGAGUGCAAUGUCGUGCUCUCAACAUCACUGAGGACCUGGGGCAGAUCCAGUACAUCUUUUCAGACAAGACAGGCACUCUGACUGAGAACAAAAUGGUGUUCCGCCGCUGCACCAUAAUGGGCACUGAGUUCCCCCACGAGGAGAACGCCAUGCGCCUGGCCUUCCUGGCAGGGGAGAUGGACACGGAUGAAGAGGUUAUUUACCAGCAGAACAGACGGCCGCCUCUGUUCUCUUUGGAGGAGGCCCAGGACGGCCCAGAGGGUGCCAACGCACACUUGCCUGGCCACAGCAGCCUUCACGGGUCAAGGGUCACAGCAGGAGCCCCCAGCAGUCGUGCCUUCAGUAGCCCACUGGAAACGGAGGUCAUUCCAGACCACACUCUGGUCCAGCUGAUGGAGGAAGAGGAGGCCAAGCCCUACCUGGACUUCUUCCUGGCUAUGGCCAUCUGCAACACGGUGGUGGUUUCCACGGAAACGGCCCGGAGACAAAGGGCCAAUGAGAGGCGUAACUCUUCUAUCUCCUGGAGUCCGCUCGAGUGUUUGGAGGUUCUGUUUGGUCGAGGUACAUGUUUUCAAAGACUUAGCAUGUCCUUAACGCGCAAUAGAGGCUCUCUCUCAGAACCUAUUCACAUGGACCCGACGGACUCCCCCGUCUAUGAUGUCCCCACGUUCUCCGGCUCAGUGCAGGGCCCCGAUGAGGGCGUUAACUCACCCAGUAACUGCAGGGCGACAACAGGGAGAGUCCAGGCAGGAAGCAGCUCAGUUGCACCAGAGGAAGUGUGCUAUGAGGCCCAAAGCCCAGAUGAGGCAGCUUUGGUGCAUGCAGCCAAAGCCUAUGGCUUCACCUUGCUGGAGCGCACCCCUGACCACGUGACUGUUCGGCUGCCUAGUGGGAAGGUGCUAGAGUUCAAGGUGCUGGACGUCUUGAGUUUUGACUCCAUCCGGAGGAGGAUGUCCAUCAUAGUGCGCCACCCACGCAGCAAAGAGAUUAUAAUGUAUACGAAGGGAGCGGAUUCCGGCAUCAUGGAGCGGCUGCAGAACACAUUUGAAGACAGACGACGAGUGAAGAGUCAGAGCAGAGAUGUUGCUAUCAAGACCCAGACAGACCUUGAUAUGUAUGCCAAGGACGGCUUACGGACCUUGUGUUUUGCUAAAAAGGUCGUGAGUGAGCAGGCCUAUAUGGCCUGGCAAGUGAAGAGACAGGAAGCCAUGUCAGCCAUAAGCAAGAAAGAAGAGCUGCUCAUGGACACUGCAGACGACAUGGAAAACAACCUAACACUGCUGGGGGCCACUGGUAUUGAGGAUCGCCUUCAGGAGAACGUUCCAGAAACCAUCCAGGCCUUGAGAGAAGCGGGUAUCCAAGUAUGGGUGCUGACCGGGGACAAACUAGAGACGGCUGUCAACAUAGCCUAUUCCUGCAAGCUGCUGGACCAGAGGGAUCUGGUGUUCACCUUCAACAUGGAGAACAAGGGCGCGUGUAAGACCAUGCUGAAUGGAAUUUUGCAGGAGCUGCUGCGGAACGGGAGCCUGGAGAGCGAGGCCAGCAUUGGGCUGGUGAUUGACGGACGCUCCCUGAGCAUGCUCCUGGAUGAUGACCUGCAGAUGCAGUUUGUGCAGCUGUGCACACGCUGCCGCUCGGUGCUGUGCUGCAGGGCCACUCCUCUGCAGAAGAGCAGGGUCGUCACGCUGCUGCGGCGCAGACUCAAGGUCAUGACUCUCGCUAUAGGUGAUGGUGCCAAUGAUGUAAACAUGAUUCAAGCAGCUGAUGUGGGCGUGGGAAUAUCUGGGCAGGAAGGGAUGCAGGCUGUCAUGGCCAGCGACUUUGCGAUAUCUCGCUUCAAACACCUAAAGAAGCUCCUCCUGGUUCACGGUCACUGGUGCUACACUCGACUGGCAAACAUGAUCAUCUACUUCUUCUACAAGAAUGUGGCCUACGUCAACCUCCUCUUCUGGUACCAGUUCUUCUGCGGCUUCUCUGGCACAGCCAUGAUUGACUACUGGUUCAUGAUCUUCUUCAACCUCAUCUUCACCUCUAGCCCGCCCAUCAUGUUCGGCAUCAUGGACAGGGAGGUGUCUGCCUACAUGCUGCUGCAGCUGCCGGAGCUCUAUAAGAGGGGUCAGCAUGCUGGGGGAUACAGGCGUUCGACCUUCUGGAUAGCUAUCCUAGAUGCCUUUUAUCAGAGUCUUGUGUGCUUCUUUGUGCCAUACUGGACGUACGCAGGCUCUGAUAUCGACAUCUUCACUCUGGGAAUUCCCAUGAACACCGUGUCUCUGUUCACCAUCAUCCUUCAUCUGGCAAUCGAGAUCAAGAGUUGGACAGUGGUGCACUGGGUGAUCAUGGUGGGCAGUGUGAUUGUUUACUUCGUUGUGAGCCUGGUUUUCAGUGCCCUCUGCGUCAGCUGCAACCCUCCCUCUGACCCCUACUGGCUCGUGCAGGAACAAGUGGCUGACCCCAUGUUCUACCUGGUCUGCAUUUUAACCACUGUCGUAGCACUGCUGCCAAGGUACACACUACAUGCCCUGAGGGGAACACUAGUGCCAUCCGAUCACCUCAAGGCAAGGCAGAAAGACCAGCUGCCUCCCCACCACCGGGACCGAUGGCUCAGAGAGUAUAGAAGCCUCAAAGAACUGUGUGCUUCUUUCCCCAGCAUGUCCUCCUCUACUGUCCCACAGGACACAACACAGAGUCCCAGUACUCCAACUGCCCCACUGUCCAGCAGCACUAGAGUACAGAACUGAAGCACAAGAGCUGCUUUUUCCAGAACUUUUCUUGAGACUCGAUGCUCCACGACAUUAUUGCAAAAGGUGAAAGUGAUUUGUACACUGAUUUGCACAAGGCCAUGUGCCUUAUUGGGAGAGGUCAGACCAUUUGUAUGGGUGAUGUUUCACAGACAGAAGUGCAAAAGCACUGUUUUAUGCACAAAAAUAAAAAUGUACUGCGUUAAACGACGCGUGUCUGGUCAGCUCAGACGAGGAAAAAGCAGAAUAGCUCAAAGCAGUCUGUCCUCGGCUCCUGAAUGUGCUUCCUCCGGCCCCCUUCUCUUCUAACAAGCCUCAUGGAUAAAUGCAGAAGGCUGAUCCAAACCAGGUCCCUGAGGUUCUCUCGGGCUCCAGGCAGAGGUUCAGACUAUUAGGCAGCGCGAUCCGCACCGGCUAAUCGAUACAUUUCUCACAGUUUCUCACCAAAAAGCUGCGUCUCUCUGGACCAUCUGGGUGCUUUGGUAGCAUUUGCUUCCCUGCGAGAAACCUACUUUCCCCUCGUCAUGCAGGGCGCAUUUGUAUUCACGAGCGCUUCGAGCUGCUCAUGAAAUAAUUGAGGUUUGCAGAUGUUACAUAAUAUCCUGGUAUUUUCAGUUCAUGUAUCCGUAUUGAGAGCAUGUUGGGCUUGAUGGAGAGAGACAGAAACACAAGCACUGCAGCAGGACUUAAGAGCAUCUCUGGCUUUGUAAUUACACUUAAUUCUUAAUUAUUUAAGGUUGGACUAGGCUGCCCGUGUGUGAAAAUAAUCUGCUAAAGCAGAGGACACACGGAACCCCCCCCCCUUUUUGAAUACUUAAUUGUAUCUCUGACGUCCUUCUGACGUUCCUCACUCUUGAAGGGGUCAAUGAUGAUCCCACUUGCAUGGUCAAGCAAGCAGAUGAAGCAGAGGGAACGUUUCACUCUUCCCAUUCACGUCUCGCUUAAGGGUGCUCUGUGGCUGAAGCUUGCAAUAAAAUGGGUCUAGCACUGAUUCGAUUUGGAGAGCUCGCUGCAUUUUUAUGUAAAGCUGUCAGAGCCUGUUUCGGUGGGCCACCUCUGCCAUCUAGUGUUGGAUUCCUGACCUGCAAAGACAUCGCCAUGAGAGAGACAGGAGGAAGAGAACAAGAUGGAUGAUGUUUCAAUGUCAAAAGUACAUAUUUAUGCCUUUUUAUGUUACAGUGUUUGUUAGCUGAGCUUACCAAACCAUCAACAUUCAUUAAAUCAGCCUCAUUCUUUUA